UUGGACCCGGCAUAACUUUGUCAAUAACCACAUAAACCCUACGAUAGUAAAUCCAAAAUCUCUACCCCAAGCUCACAUUUCCAUCGGAGAGAAAAUGGCCACCGGAUUAAGACUAGCGACGGAGAGAACCAGCGAGGGCGCCGGACAACCUAUUCUCGACGCCGAUGACGGUGAGGAAUUCGUGCACGUCCAGCCCGGUGUCUCCAUCGUCCUCGGCAACCGCCCACCUGAAUCCCCCGGCACUCUCUACAUCUCCACCAAGCAAGUGGUAUGGUUGAGCGACACGGACAGGGCGAAAGGCUACGCAGUAGAUUUCUUGUCGGUGUCACUUCACGCAGUGUCGAGGGACCCCGAUGCCUACUCUUCUCCUUGCAUUUAUACUCAGAUUGAUACCGGAGCUGAGGAUGAAGAAUCAGAGGGCUCAGAUUCUGAGUGCAAUGAUACACUAGACUUAUCAAAGAUCAAUGAGAUGAGACUUGUGCCGUCGGAUCCUAAUCAGUUAGAUACACUGUUUGCGGUAUUUUGUGAAUGUGCUGAACUGAAUCCUGGGCCUAUUGAAGAAGAAGAAGUAGAACACAACUGGAUUUUUAGUGCUGAUCAGUUUGAAGAUGGGGCAGCUGCAGAUGAAGAGGAUUCUGACUUGAUUGUCUCUCAAAAUCAAACCCAUUCAAUUGGUGCUAACGGGAAUCAUGACUUAGCUCGUUCAGUGCUUCAGCUUCAAAUUAACGAUCAACGGUUUGAGGAUGCUGAAGAAAUGGAGAGUGAUGAUAAAAAUGGCUACCACUGAGCUGCAAUUUUCUUAUCACUUAGCCCUUCAUAUAUCUUACCGUCUUAUUAUAUUAGUAAGAAUGAGACUGUAUAUUAAAAUGGAGUCUUAGAUUUGUGAUGCUUCACUUAGAUGCUGCUACUAAUUGUGCCUUUUCUGCCUAUUAAUGGUGAUUUCCUUAUGCAAGUUGAUGAGAGAGGAUUCUAUGAGUU